AUGCGCCUGGCAGCGCUAGUCGCAGCGCUAUACCCCGCGGCUGGGCUGCGCCUCACGAGACGCGCGCUCAUACCAACCGCGACGGCACUCAUCACAACAAAACCGGCGUUCGCCGACGAGGAAGCCGACGUGAAACCUAAGAGGGUCCAAUACGGCCCGGGCACGGUCGAGGUGCCGGGCACGUGGAAGAUCGACGGCGAGAGCAUCUCCGAGUCGAUAUUAGGGACAAUCACGACGUCCGUACGGGCGCGGAGCGCGUCCACGCAAGCGCAGUCCAUCGACCAGUUUGGGAACAUAGACAAAUUAGACCUGACGAAGCUGGGGCUGCGGGGCAAUAGAGGAAACGGCGACGUUGUUGCGGCCAAAAGGCGACAAGACGGCGACCGCCUCUUCUACGAGUGGGACCUCGCCGUGCCCCCCACGAACGGCUGUGCUAGAUCAGAACAGGAGUUGAUUGUGUGCCCGCCCGUCGAGGUCGCCCUGGUUUCUGCGACGGUCGCGGACGGCCAAUUAGUAGUGUGGGAGUGCGGCGUGGACCAGCGCCAAUGGAAGAGCUACGGGAAGAGUCUUCGGGCCGUGCGGUCGUCGUUUCGGUUGGGGGGCUAA